UUGCGAUACGCGCUUAAAACAAGUGCGGCGGCAAAUGUGAGGUUAGGGUUGCGAUUCGUCCUGGGUGAGAAGAAGAAGAUUAUAUACAGAAAUAUAUACGUGCGGAUACGAGAGAUGUUGAAGACGAUGAAGCUAAGUCACAGGCUCUGCCGAAUUUAUCACGGCGUUGAGAGCUUGUCGCAAACGAGACUGUUUCUGUCGGACGCGUAUCGUUGCGAUGAAGCGUGGGAUCGCAGAUUGGACACGUCGUUGAUGCGAAAGAUCGAUCCGCAGACGAUGUUCAUCGAGCUCGAGCAGAAGCAAAGCAGCGUCGGCAAGGUGAGCGCCGUCGACGUCGACAUCUUCGUCAACAGCAUCGCCGACGCGUCCUACGUCGACGAGUUGCUGAAGAUUCUGCACAAUCUCAGACUGUCCGCGGAAACGUCCAACAUGCUCGACUCGACGCAUCACGCAGCGAUACGAUUUCUUCUUCGACACGAUCACGUCGAGGAACUGCACGAGAUGCUGAACGACAGGUUGAAUUACGGCGUUUUUCCCGAUUAUUUCGACUACAAUCUGCUCAUGGAUCACUUCGCGAAGAGAAAGGAUUUCGCCUCCGCCGCGAAGAUAGCAACCUUGGUCACGUUGCAGGAGGAACACGAUAAUCCCAUCACAAACGCGCUGUGCGUUUAUUCGUGCUUCAAGUAUCUGGAGAAUCCCGACGACUGGAAGAAACCUGAAGAGGCACCGGUGGACAAGUCCGAAGAAGUGAAAGUGCGCGUGCGAUAUCUGAGAAAUUUCUUCUUCGACGAUCACUUCGAUCUCACCGAUCCCAGGGACCUCGUUGGCAAGACUCUGAAUUUUCAGGGAAAACACAGAACUGACGCUCUAGGGAGAACUUGUCAAUUGAGGGGUUUGAUACUGUACAAGAAGUACGAUGACGUAGCGAAUCUAAUCAAGGGAUGGUUAGAGACCAUGCAAGAUGGGAUAGUUUACGAAGAAGUGUUUGACUUGAUAUCCAGAGACAACGGUGGACUUCAGGAUCAAGAUGUUGAAAAGUUCAAAGCUGUGGAAGCCGAGCUAUCCGAUCUGAAGAAGAGACAAAAUCUCAAAGGAAGUUUAAUCGAAGCGAUAGAGAGUCUCGUUAAAACCGCUGUAAGCGAGCAAGCUGAAAAGGACAUCGCGAAACAGUGUCAGACUUACCUCGCUUGGGAAGAUGUGAGAACUUCGGUGUUGGAGACGCAAAUGAAAGCAAUCGAGAGAGAAAGGAGAAUAGCUAACAUAGAACAAAUAAAGAGGGACUUGCAGGAGAGGGAACAACUUUUGACGUUCUUCGACAAAGAGGAGGAAAUCGAAUUGAAGAUAGAAAGGCUCGAGGAGCUGGAACGCGAGGAAGACGAGCGUAUUCGUCGUAUACCGAGGAGCGCAAAGAAAUUGAGAUUGUUGGUUCAAGCAGAGGAUUACAUACCACCCGAUGUUCGAAGUAAAGAGCAAUAAAACGUGUUUUGUUCGAAGAGGUAGCAUUUUCACACACACACAGACGAUAAAAUUGAAAAACAAAAAAAAAAUCAACAGAACUGUGUUAUUUCGCAACAGUA